UGGAGUGUUGCCACUACGAUCGAAAUGCGGUCACACUAGACAGCUGAUUUUCGCAACUGGAAGAUUUGUUUUGUUGGCAAAUGUUCCAUUUGCCGGCUUAUCCAGCACAUACAGCAGUCUCAACAUGAAGGAAAGCUGCAUUAGCGUCAACAGACGGGAGCAGCUCGGCUGGGAACAUGGCGAACGAUGCGGCACGCUGUUCCUUGAAUGUGUCUACAGGAACUCGUCCAUGUACUCUGUUCUGGGCGAUCUGAUCGCAUACGUGCUGCUCCUGGGGGCUACGUUCUACGCAAUAGCUUUCGGCUUCCGACUGUUGAUGUCCUGCGUACGAGUGGUCUUCAAAUUGGUUAUCGCCCUCCUCGUCUUUCGAUUGCUGCUAAGUUUGGGCACCGUCGACCGCACAUCUGUUAGUUAUUCCGAAUGAAGUGACCAAUCUGGCGGAUGCCAUUGUGAGCGCGCUCAUGGAGGUCGCCACUACAUUAAACUACAUUAACUAAAUCAAAUGUAAAUUCCAAAUUAAAGAAUACUGUAAAUUA